CCUUCCCCUUGCCUCCAGGAGUUUACGCCGUCCAUGAAAUGCAAAAUGCAGAUUCCCUCUCAGGUCUCUUCUGCUUCUCCCUUUUCAGUUUCUUCUUUUGCGGAUGGCUCUCGAGUCUCUCCCCUCCCUCGGUGCGUUGGUACGAGCCGAAGCCAAGGGGCCCGGGCAGGAAAAGGAAGCAGGCCGGCCUUAAAGGGACCUCAGCCAUUAUUUAUUUAAUUUAUUUAUUUAUAUUUAAAAGCCGCUCUCUCCUUCCUCCGAUGUUCUUAACGUCCCCGACGGAAGAAUAGGAUCCGGGAGCCAGGCGCAGCCGGAGCUGCGGGACCCGUUGCUGGAGACAGCAGCUCUUGCCCAUCGGAAGGCCAGGUGUGCGUGAGCUGUGCCCAGGGGUGUCCCGCGCCCCGGUGCCCUGCGGGCUCUAACAGCUGGGAUCGCCCGGGAGAACUGGGCCCAGGGCUCAGGUGGAGCUGCCGAUGCCCCGGGCUGAAAGGUGAGACCACGCUGGUGAGGCUGGGACAAGACCUUGCACCUCCAGACCUGGGCCGAGACCACAAGGGGAGCCGCCAAGAUGCCAGAGGAAAAUAUCUUCCUGUUCGUGCCUAAUCUUAUUGGUUAUGCCCGGAUUGUUUUCGCCAUCAUUUCCUUCUACUUUAUGCCCUGCUGCCCCUUCACGGCCUCCUCCUUCUAUCUACUCAGCGGACUUCUAGACGCUUUCGAUGGACACGCAGCUCGAGCCCUUAAUCAAGGAACCCGAUUUGGGGCCAUGCUCGACAUGCUGACGGACCGUUGCGCCACCAUGUGUCUCUUGGUCAACCUGGCCCUGCUCUACCCUCGGGCCACUCUUCUGUUCCAGCUCAGCAUGAGCCUGGACGUGGCCAGUCACUGGCUGCAUCUGCACAGUUCUGUGGUGCGAGGCAGUGAGAGCCACAAGAUGAUUGACCUGUCUGGGAACCCUGUGCUUCGAAUCUACUAUACUUCCAGGCCUGCUCUGUUCACCCUGUGUGCUGGAAAUGAACUCUUCUACUGCCUCCUGUACCUGUUCAAUUUCUCCGAGGGACCACUAGUCGGCUCUGUGGGGCUUUUCCGAAUGGGCCUCUGGAUCACAGCUCCCAUUGCCCUGCUCAAGUCCAUCAUUAGUGUCAUCCACCUCGUCACGGCUGCAAGGAACAUGGCUGCCCUCGAUGCAGCAGACCGCGCCAAGAAGAAAUGAUCCUCUCCCAUCCCCAGCUGCCCACCUGCCCUGGACCCAACCCGUGACCCCAAGGACCUGGCACUGCAAAGCAGGAAGGGUGCUCAGGAGGCCCACUCAUCCAGCCGGUGCUCCAGGAGGCCUGUCUGAAGACUGGGUGUUGCCACAUAUCCUGCUGGAUCAGCCUGGGGUCUGGCCUGAGACUUUGGGAACUUAUACGGGCAAAGGAGUCAGGCUGAUGGGCCAAGAAGGCUGGGGUACCAGGCCAGGGAGGGAAGGGGCCAAGGGCCAACUAGAUCCUUCCCUUAGGCAAGCUCCUCUAUCCUGUCCUGCUCUGGAAACCUCCAUAAUAAAGGGGGGCACCUUCACUCUUUUUGGAUUUGUUUACUUUGGGACACUCUUAGAUGAUGGCCUAGGGUUCAAAGGAGCUGGGUAAAAAAAAAAGAAAUCCACCUGGAUGCUUUUCCCACAAAGGUGGUUGGCUCCUCCCUGUCAUUCCAGUGACCUCAGAGAGGCCUCGAGGUUCACAAGCGUUGUCCUGCCCACCUGCUCUAUGUCCUGGCUGGCCACUUUCACUGUAACCUUGAUGUUUUUGACCCUCAUGAGAAUGUAAGCUUCACAAGAGCAGAUUUAGAUCUUUCUCGUCUCUGCCUGGAGUGAAAAGUAGCCUGGCAUGUGGUAACUGCUUAAUAAAUAUUCAUGGAAAGAUG